UCCUGUUGCUGAAAACUAUCCUGCCACCAGACAAUAAUAUGUGUCACUGGUUUUAAUGUGCAUUUCCAUUUAGCACUUUUUAUGUACCAGACUGAAGUGCUUCUUCUUCUGUACAUGUCUUGUCUUGAUAUAUUUUCAAUACAUGAGCUGUAGCAAAGCCAUUUUAAACUGUACAUAUGUUUGCACAGUGUGCAUUUAUUAUUAAUUCCAUAAAUGUAAGUACAUGUAUAUGUACUUCUCAUGGAGUUCUGUAUGAAUGCUGGUGAUAAAAUCAUUCUUGAUCAAGAACAGCCUUCACCACAUUUGUUGAAUCUGUUUUCAGCUACAUAUAGCACAAGGUCUAACUGUUUCAAUCCUCACUUGGAAGGGCCACAAGAGUACUGUCCUUGUGAUGUAGCACAAAUAAAUUCGGACAACAGAAGCAAAAUUUGGGAAGCAUAUUACACAUCAUCAGGAUGUAUUUAUAUGCUCUUAUUUUCUGAACAUUACCCUGCUUGAACAUUUUCAUGUAACCUCAGUAUUGAUAUUUGCGUUCAGUUUUCUUGGUAAUAGGUAAAUUUAUUUGGAAUGUAAUUUGUGAAGCUUACUUUUCUUCAUUAAAAAAAAAAAUGCAGUAGAUCUGUGGAUUCCAUUAUCUAAUCAGAACUACCUGAAGAUAUAAGUUUAAAACUGUACUGAAUGUGGGAAAGCAAAGAAGCAUAUAUUUUACAGAUGAGCUAGUUAUGCUUGUCGAUUUGGUAUAUACCAAGGUGAUGACUGUGAUUGUCCAUGCACCUGUAUAGUCCACAUGUUAAUACAUUGUUUUCACUCUUGCUUAACUACAUGUGAUUACAUUAGUACUUAGUGAUUAGUAAUGUAACUACAUUAGCUAGUAGGGUAUAAAUCACAGUACAUAUCGUAUAAAUCAUUUUGUUUUUCUGGCUGGCACACAGAGGUACAUGUACUACCACAUAGUUGAACAUUUCAGUAUUCGGUCCAGGCCUUCUUGGUACUGUGAUGGUGUAGUUGUCAGCUAGAGUGUGGAAACUGUGGAGAAAGGAUUAUCCAGUAGUAGCCGAAGUAAAAGAUCUCAGUUUCAGGCCUAUAAUGUAAGCAGCAAUGGGCACCAGCUGUAGUAUCAAUGCGUUGAAGUAAUGGCAGUGCUAGGAAGGCCACCCUUUACGUGACAGAAUUUCGCUGGCUCAGCUUACCUUCUGGUGUGCACGUACUCCCAGAGAAUAACACAGGCGAUGGACUGAAAUACAUGUUACUUCACUCUGUAAGCACCUACAUUUGUAGGAGAAGUUACUUACAUGUAAAUAUGCAAUGCAUGUGCUGCAUGUAAGUAAUGAAAACAUGGUGAGUAUUAAAGUCUUGAAAUUAAUACAUAGCAUUUGGCAUUUUUAGAUCUCUGUUCUCAGAGGUUGAAUCUUAACUAGCUAGACUGGUAGCAAUAUUGUAAAUGCUGACCUUGUUUACUAUUAGCUCAAUAUAAGAUUAAAACACCAUUGUGACUGGCGUAAAAUGGAAAUUACAUGUGCUUUUAUAAAAACUUCUGUUUUAGGGAUAUUUUUUGUGUUAUUGCCUACUAAUUGCCCUAUGCAUUGUGGUUUGUUGUGAUAACUUGCCACAUAUGAGCUAACCUACAGUGUAGUUAUAUAAAAAAAAUCUUGCUCUGAAGGCUGAUUUAGAUGGAUGCAUCCACUGUACUUAUUUUUAAUGUGCCAUGUCACAGGUGUGAUAAAGGUAAAACUGAAAUCUCUAAGUAGUAUUUCCUGUUGGAAUUUCAGCAUGUAACAGCCAGAUUUAUUGGCCUCCUAUCUCUACACCAUCUGUAACAGUGUCUUAGGAGGAUUUAUACCUGCAGGGAAGCGGAGUAAUUAUUCUAGCAGAUCAGCCCUGAAAUAUGCGUGUUUGCUUGCUCUAUCUAACAGAUGAGGUAAAAUUACCCAUGUUAUCACAAUGAUAGUGCUGAAGUGCCCAUUUCUUACUCGUAUCCCCCUGACAAGGAUCCACCAGAAUGCUCGCAAGGUGCUUGGAUAUGCAGAGAACUGCCCAGUCAUGGCUCAUGUGGUAAAGUACACCACAGCAGCUACAACUGCAGGUUUGGACAACUCGGAGAUCAAGAAGUGUCCGUUCCUUCAUGAUGAGAUCAAGGUGGAUACUGAGGAGACCAAACCUGCCAUGGAUGUUGUGUCGGUGGCCAGUGAUACUGACCUUGGGUUAGCCCCUGGUAAAGUGGAGACCUCCAAACUGAGGACUGCUGCAGCUGCUUCAAUCCUUGGCUCCAGGACCAACCCCCUUCACCAGAAGUUUAACCUGGAUGAAGUUGAGAAAGGGCAUAACUUGACCCUGGAAGUGGACCAUGGCCCUGAUCAAGUUAAGCCAGUGUUCGAUUAUGAGCAGUUUUUCCAGGACCAGAUUGAUAAGAAGAAAAAAGAUCACUCUUAUCGCAUUUUCAAAAAGGUUUUGCGCAAGGCGUCUCAGUUUCCAUUUGCUGAGGAGUACACAGGGAACAAGCGGGACAUCUCGGUGUGGUGUAGCAAUGACUACCUGGGAAUGAGCUGGCAUCCUCAGGUCAUUAGAGCUGUGGAAAAAGGUCUUCAUCGCCAUGGUGCUGGGGCAGGUGGGACUCGAAACAUUUCCGGGAAUUCUCCACUCCACGAGGCCCUGGAGAGUGAGCUGGCUCAGCUACAUGAAAAGGAGGCUGCCCUACUGUUCACCUCAUGUUAUGUAGCCAACGACUCAACUCUGUUUACCCUGGCACAAGCUUUACCCGGUUGUCAUAUCUUCUCUGAUGCCGGAAACCAUGCCUCUAUGAUACAGGGUAUACGGAAUAGCAGAGUUCCUAAGCACAUCUUUAAACAUAACGACCCGGACCAUCUGGACUAUCUGCUCAAACAAGUAGACAAAUCAGUCCCAAAAAUUGUUGCAUUUGAGACAGUUCAUUCCAUGGAUGGAUCAAUUUGCCCUCUGGAGGAGUUUUGUGAUAUUUCCCAUAAAUAUGGUGCCCUUACCUUUGUGGAUGAGGUGCAUGCCGUUGGUCUGUAUGGUCGCCAUGGAGCUGGAGUGGGCGAGAGAGAUGGGGUCAUGGACAAGAUGGAUAUUAUAUCAGGAACUCUUGGAAAGGCUUUUGGAAAUGUUGGAGGAUACAUUGCGAGCACGGAAAGAACAGUUGAUGCUGUUCGGAGCUAUGCCUCUGGAUUCAUUUUUACAACGUCUCUUCCUCCAACUGUUCUGUGUGGUGCCUUGGCGUCUAUAAAGGUUGUUAAAAGCGAAGAAGGCCAGGAGCUGAGAGAGAGGCUACAUAACAAUGUGAAGUACCUGAGGCGCCGCUUGAUGGAAGUUGGGCUUCCUGCCCGCCAUUCACCCAGCCACAUCAUUCCUAUUCAUGUUGGAGAUCCAGCAAUGUCCACCAAGAUCAGCAAUGAGCUGAUGACGAGACACAACAUGUAUGUCCAGGCAAUCAACUAUCCGACAGUUGCCCGAGGGGAAGAGCGCCUUCGGGUGGCGCCAACUCCACACCACACUGAAGAUAUGAUGGACUACUUUGUCAACUGCCUGCUGGACGUCUGGGAGGCCAACAGCCUCGCUCUCUCCCCAAAAGCGUGCCCCAAAACGUGUGAGGUUUGCCACAAGUCUCUGGAGCAGGAUGCCCUCCAUGCCCACGAGCCCAUCUGUGAACGGUCUAACUGCACCUAUGCCUCUCUACAGUCCUUCUUAAGCAUGGCUUGAACAACCCCACACCUUGUCAACUCCACUCCACAUAUAUACAAGCUUAUUAUAACUUCAUGUCUUAUGAAAGAGACACAAGGCAACUUGUUGAAUCUCAAACUUGGCAUGAUUAGGCACCCUUAAGGUACUUUGACCAUGCCUUCAUACUAACAUCUGUCAGCAGAGCUAAGCAAACAAACUUC